AUGUCCUCUUCGUUCAGGCAAGAUGAUGAUCAACUCUCUCCUGCUAUCUCACAGGCAGACGUAUGGUCGUCUCCACCUGUAAUCAUUCAAAUUGCUAACUCUCUCAAAGAUGAUGGAGAGAAAAAGGAAAUCAAUCUCAUUCCCACACUUGGUCACAACACUCGCAAUCGAUCAGAGCCCAACAUUGCUUCUGUGUACUGGCUUCCAAGGGAAUUCUCUAUCAAUACUCCCGAGUUUCGGACCAAAACUCUUUCACCAUAUUUUGCAGAAGCGUCUCGUGCUGCUGGCUUUGUUAAAGGAAAUUCCCAACACCAUGGUCACACGCCUUGUUCACCAGAAAAUAUCACCACUUUGACAACAAAUCUUCCAGAGAUCCAGCGACAAAUUGGGCAAAAUGUCAUGGAGCAGCAUGCUGCAUGUGCUAUCACACAACAUGACAGUGAAACAAUGGAUGACACUUCCGAUACCACUGAUGAAGAUGAUGCAGCUUUCCAAAAUGGCGACCUUCGAGAAGCAGCAGAAUUGGCCAGGCAAGAUAGAAUCAAAGCAACCCUAAGACUUCCGGGUGCUCUGUUUGCUAGUGUUUCUCCCCUUGUUGGGGACAUUCUCGAACAAGUCAAUUCAGUUGAGUCACAUGAUGCACUGUUUGAAGGCCUACACAACCUACAUGCUAAAGUCAUGAGAAUCUCACAAAAAGAAGCAAAUCCAAUUGGUGUUGUUGAAGGAGGAUCAACGCAUGGUCCACCUGCCAUUUCCACAAAAAAGAACUCUAACAAAGACUGA